AUGGUGAAGAAAGGGUCAGGAAUGGCCGCUUUUACAUUCACAAGCAUCAUAGUUUGUGCUGUUUUGCUUGGACAGGGGACCCCCAAGAGGACAGGAGGUGAUAAAGUGGAUCACAAAGAUGAUCUUCUGAAGGAAAUCAUCUCAAAAUGGAAUAAAGAAGCAGGUUUGAAACACCCACCUGAAGCAAACAAAGACCAGUCUUUGCCUUCUUGGGUUAGAGGUAUUAUGGGGGGUUUAAAAACCCUUUUUCCCACCAAAAACCUGCCUUCAUUAAACAAGCCAAUAGACAGACACCGUCUCUCUGGAUUCCUCUACAACAUUUCUCUGUAUCUGCAAGAGAUGGGCGCCGAGCUGGAGGAUGUGCCCACAGAGCAAGAUGAGGAACAGCUCUGGGAGAAGGUGCUGCAUUUCUUUCUCCAGUCUGAAGGCAACGCAGCCCUGAACCAGUGGAACGGCCGUGUACCACCCAGACCCAACGUUAAAGUGCAGGACUGGUUUUUAUCCUUGAGAGGAAGUCCGCACUGGGACUGGCUGCUGGGGCUCCUGCAGAGUCUCAUCACUCUGUCAGAGCGUCAGCCCCAUAAACCAAUCUUGACUUACUUAUCACAGAACUGGAGGACGGUGACAGCUGUGCUAGAAGCUACACUUCAGGCUCUUAUCAGUGGAACUUAUGGCCAGGCCAGUGCAGGUCUGCAAGGCUUCAUCUGUGCUCUCAAGGGUCGUAGUGAUUGCACCUUUAGUGUUAGCUGGCUCCAGCAGCUGCUGCAAUUCCUGGAAACACGCAACUGGAAACCUGUGGUCAGUUUACACCCAGCAGGGGAACCUGCAGGAUACAGCAAGGGCCCAAAUGUAUUUGGACGUUUUAAGCCCUUUAGUCUGCCCCCUGAAGCUAUUAGACAGGAGGGGUUUUCAGCAAACGCAUCUGCAGAAAACAUGAUGACCAUAGAGGAUGAGACAGACUCCAUGCAAAGCUUCCUGCUACAGGCUUUGUCUCGUUCAGGCGGGGGAGAUCGAGGUGGGCAGCAGGCUCAGAAAAACCUAGCUCUUGUGCAGAGUUUGGAUGGGUUGAGGCGAGGCCUUCUGCAUAGGGUGGGCAGUUCUGUCUACAAUAACCUGAGACAGAAAGUAUCACGGGUUACCAUGGCAUUACUCGAUGAUGUGAGCAGCCUGGUGGAAGUGCCGCAAUCCAACUUUCAGGGCCGCUGCUCCAUGGGCAAUUUAAGACAGCUGAUCUUGUGGGGGAUAAGACACAAUGUGAUGUGGAACGCUCAGGCUUUGGGUGUCACUUCUCAGGGUUUCCCAAGCUCACUCCCGUUUCUGUCCUGCCCCUCCACCCAGAAGGAGAAAUCACAGUCACACCCACUGCCAGCUCAGUCCACUUCAAAAAAGACUCCGUCUUCACAGGGAUCCUUCAUACAGAAACAAACUCCUGAACCCUCAUCUGCAGGUCCCAGACAGUUCACAGAGAGUAACAGCAAACAGAAAGAGAUGGAGUUUUUCACCUCCACAGAAAUUCUGGAGGCAGCGUGUAAUGAGUCCAUCCCAGGGUUGACAGGUGUCUCUAACUUCACUGUAUUCCUCUACUGCAAGCUGUUUGAAGGGGAGAACGGGUCAGGCAAUCCUGCUGCGAUUAAUUUAGGGCUCGACCUUCAUGCUGCUUGCUCGGACGCAGCCUGGUACCUGUCUGCUGCUGAGGAGGACUUCUUUUGGGUCCAUGUCUGCACUGAGUUCUUUGCCCAUGAAUUCAACAACACGGUGUGUGCCAACUCUUCUUUCUGGCUGCAGAAAGCACAGCAGGCUGCAGCAUUGCAGGACUAUCAUCUUUUUAACCAGACAAGCAUUGAUGACCUUUGUGCACAGCUGUCAGGAGAUGCAACAGUGAGUCCAGAACUCAGUGAGGACUGUCUGGUCCAGCUGGGCAGUAGGUCGCUCAAUGCCGAAGCUUUCAGAAAUUGCUUCCUUCCCAACAACUCGGUCCUGAUCUCAUCUCUGUGUGGCAGAGGGUCCCGUGGUUCCCAGCAGUCCCUGCCAGAAGGUAGCUGGGCAGCAGCAUACUGCUCCAAGAUAGACAACCCCACCUUUGAUGAUAUCUUUAGGGACCCCUGUCAGUACAAGGAAUGGACUGUGGAAAGUUUCACCAACUUCACCCUGCUUGAGUUCUGUGGACAGACUCAGGGACUGAGAGAACACAUAUGUUUAAAUGCUACACUCUACCAGCAGCUGGUAGGACUGGUACCACAGUUUGCAGACAUCUGUGCAGAUCUGUGUGCACAGCAGGAAAACAAUAAGUGCCUCCUGCAAAGGAUUUUUGACAUGCUUCCAGCACCGUACGAGUUUGACACCUCCCAGCUGUGCGUGGAGCCGGCCCCAAUGCUGAUUGAUCUUGUACACAAGCUAAGUGUGUGUGAGAUGGAUGUUGGAGAGCAAGAAGGGUUUUUGGUGGCGCUGGGGUACGUGCUGCGUGUCUUGGACUUUGUGGUGGGUCUCUCUUCAGGGCUUGAUGAAGGGGAACGAGAGGCAAGACAGGGUUUGGGCCAGGCCAUCCUCCUGUCCAGCCUCCUUGACAACACGUCUUGGUCCACUUUGCAACCAGAGGCCACCAUGAGUGUGCUUCACACCGUAGGAGUUUUCCUGCGCAGAGAGCAGAACGCCACUGUGAAGGAGGACCUACUGAGCUGCUUCAGUCCUGUCCUCUGGGACCUCAUCCAGCAGAAUGGAAACUCAUCCGCUCUCCGGGUUCUGUUGCAGGAGUAUCUCCAGAUGCCAAAAGACAGCAUUCGUUCUCUGGUGAUGUCUGCUGAGAAAGAUGCUGUGAAGAGAUUUAUCUCACACAUGCAUCAAAGUUGGGACCAGCUUCAAGUUGAAACCAGCCAGGCCUCUCAACAAGAGUUGCAGGCUAUGGAAACAAUGACAGCUGCUUUCAUCCACAAGUUCCCCAGAGUGACCCCGGAGCUCUUUGUGGACCUUUCUCAGUUCAUCCCCUUCAUGUCAGUUUCUGACAUAAUGAACUUCCCAGCCUCUUUGAUCGUCAACGACAGUGUGCUGACGGCCAUUCGUGACCACAGCUCAGAGAUGAAGUCGCUGCAGAAGAAAGCUUUUGCGAAACGACUGCUGCAGUCGAAUGUGGUGGGUGACGUGCCCACAUGGCCCCCGUACUUUCUCAACUCCAUCCUCCCGCUCCUGCCUUACCUACCAGUGCAUCAUUUUCAGCAGUUGACGUCACAACAGCUCUCUCCUCUGGUGGAGUUGAUAGGCAACAGCAGUCUGGAUGGUGUGAGGGGACGCCAUGUGCUACGGACCCUUUUUAGUAAGAGAAAGAACCUAACUGGUGAUGACCUGCUGAGAUUAGGAGUUCUUGCAUGCUACGUGGAUCCAGCAGAAUUGGGUUUAUAUCUCCAGGACCCAGCUGUGUCCUCUGCUCUCUGGCAGCAGCUGUCUCAGUGCAUUUCCAAGGGGCUCAUCAGUGCCAAUGGCAGGCUGUCAUCCUGGUUGAUCCCAGCAGUAUCAACCAGGCUGAACAUUAGCAGCGUGACAUCGUCUGAGCUGUCUGCACUCAGCGGUUUGCUUCCCCAGUUAGGAGCCUCCUUCCUGCUGUCACUCCCCUCAGAACGUCUGCUGGAAAUCUUCUCAAAGCCGGGUUUUCGCACAUUUUCACCAGCACAGGCAUUUCAGAUUUUAUCCAAGAUCACAAAAGAUGACAAUCUUACUGUGGAAAACCUGUGCAGCCUGAAGCCGUUACUCUCUGGUCUCUUCCCCGCUGCACUCAGAGGCCUCCGGUGGUCUGAUUUCAGUGAGGAUGCUCACUGUUCGUGCUGGAGAACGCUGCAAGCUGAUCUUAGGCCUGGACACAGAGCCAUGUUAUUCAAUGCAAUGCAGGAGGCUCUGCGCAAAGACUCGAGGAACUUCAAUCAGCAGGCAAACUGUCUGUUUCCCUUUGUCCCUCUGAGAAAGCUGAUACAAGCCAUGAGUGGUGAGACCAUUUGGAGAAGCAUCAGUGCAUACAGAGGUGUACAGUGGUCUCCACAGCAGGCUCAGUUUCUGUUCAGACAGAUCCAUGAAUUCAAAAAUAUCACCAUCAAGAUGGUGAAUGGUCUGGGUUAUAUUGGCGCUGGAAUGAGUUGCGACUUUUUGAGGCGUUGGAUCAACCACACAGAUUUUUUUGAGCUGCUUCAGUUUGUGAGUGAACUGCCUGGAGGUCCAAGGCCAGCUCUGCAAAAAUGCAUUGUGGAUGAACUACAGAAACAAACUGAAAUUGACCUCAGUUCUUUGAAUCCUGGAUUUGCAGCAUCAUUACCAAUCACAAUGGUAGAGAGUCUGUCUAAUGCAUCUGUCAGAGCCAUUCUGAGCCACAUUCAGCUUCAUUUUCUUGAUUUCCUGAGACUGCCUCAUUAUAAACAGACAAAUUUAGCCGAGAAGGCCUUGUCUGAGCUGAGCUCUUCUCCGGCUGAGGGGAAGAUUGAUGGCACCCUUCUGGAUGUCCUGGGGCCUCUGUUGCCAUUCCUGGACAGAGACAGUGUGGCUCUGGUGGACAGAGGAGCGCUGGCUCUUCGGCUGGAAGAGAUCAGGAGUUUCUGCCUACCCAAAGAGGCACUCAGAGACAUUGGUGACCUUCUGACUCAGAGAGACCUAUUCGGAGAUCCGUCUAAAUGGCAGGUUGGGGAUGUUGAGCAUCUGGGCAGGUUGGUGUUUGCUCUCUCAACAAAGCAGAUCAACACCAUUCCCCUGAUGGUGUUAAAUAAGACCACAGUGGAGCAGAUUCUGGUGGGUCAAAAGCGCUGGGAGGAGAGUCUUAUAGGUGGAAUUUGUAUUAGUCGGUGUGUGGACCAACAGUACCGCAGAAAGCAGACAUGGAGUCUAAUUCGAGGAAUUGUUAAACCACGAAGCAGGAGGGCAAAAAUGCCAGUUCCGAGCUGUGCAGACAUCAGAGGAACGUUCCCGUCUGCUUGGACCCCUGCCCAGCUCCGGCGUAUGUCCAUAGAGGAGCUGAAAGUGUGUGUGGAAGUUGUUGGACAGGAUCUGUCCCUGAGCUCUGCGCAGCGGCGGUCGUUGUGGGUGAAACUCAGGCAGUCCUUCAGUCCGGUGAGGGAGCUGAGAGCGGAUCAGGUGCUAGCUCUGGGAUCAGUGGUGACAGAGAUGGGAGACAGAGAGCUGCAGGAAACCAAUCUCACUGAUCUGGGCGUGCUGGCACAUCUGGGAACACUGACAAACUGGACUCGUCAAAAGAUGAGAGCGGUGGUUUUAAGUGUGAUGCAGAAAAGCAGAAUGAAAGUAGAGCAGUUAACCGUUGUUGAUUUGGCAACGCUUGGCCAUCUGAUCUGUGGUCUGCACCCCUCGGAGAUCAAACGCCUGAGCCCCUACAACCUUAGCGUAGCUGUCCUGUUCCUGCGGGAAAGCUCCCUGCCCUGCACAGAGCAGCAGAUGGAGGCGCUCACAAACUGCUUGGCCAGAGCGGAGGCCUUUGGUCCUGUCAGUGCUUGGGGGCCGGAGAUUUUCACUGAAAUCGGGACACUUGCAGCGGGCCUGCCUGAUAUAGUGCUGUCAGCUCUGCUGCAAGAACAAAUGGAAGGAAUCACCCCUGAAGCUGUGGCACUGAUGUCUCCGAAAAAGAUGGCAGUGGUGUUCAGUGCAGUACAGUUGUCAUGGCUGAAUGUGGAGCAGGCGUGGGCCGUCACAGAGGAGCAGUGGGCAGAGCUGGACGCAGAACAGAGGCAUGCUGUUGGACUGGCUCGGUAUGAGGGAGACGUCCUGAUGGAGCUCAGAGGGCGAAACUCUGCUCCAUCAGCUCUGCACCCGGACAGCUUCGCUUUAUUCUCAUUGGCUCUGUGCCUUUUGUUAGAGCAGCUAAUUUAAAACAAUGGAAUAAAAUUUGAUUUUGACAUUGACUUCUGCAGGUAUUAUAUUUGUACUCCAAAUAAAUAUUUUAAACUACCCCA